CCUACUCGCAAUGACGAAGCGGUCGGAAAUCCCCAAUGAAUGGCAGGGAUGACCAUGACCGUUUGCCAGAUUGGCAGUACUUUAAUUGCACCAGGAGUGUUGUCCACCAAACGAGAAACGACUAGAACCAAGUGAAACAAGCGACUUUAACGGCUGCUUAUACCCUUGGGCGUUUCAGCUUUGAGUUUCUUGUGACGCCGUUGGUUGGGGUAUUUGGGGGCGGGCCCUGCAUCAAAGCGAUCAAAUUACAGCGAACCCCCCGGCGCCCUUUGUCUACCCUCUUUUUUCGGCUCAUCUGUCAUUCUUCCUCUUCCUCCUCUCCCCCUCCCCCUCCUUUCCCAUAUGCACCCCUACUCUCACCUACUUGUCCUGAUCCCUUUCUGAUCUCUCCCAGAAUGGGCCUCUUGGACCGGCUUCGGGCUCGGCCCCGGCGCAGUGCGGGGCUUGCGACCGAGCACCAAACGCCGCCCCGCUCGGCCAAAACAACAGGCCGUGACUAUACCAGGAAGCUGCCUCGUCCCGUGCUCGCCUACAUCUUUGCCUAUGUCUGCCCACACACCGUUGACAAUUCAUAUGAGACCUCCGAGGAGUCCAUGACCGAUGGCUGCAUGCUAUGUGACAUGCGCGAUCUUGCGCACUGCGCCCUGGUCAGCAAGCGCUGGUACCUAGAGGCACGCGCUCUCCUCUACACAAAUGUCCGCAUUGAUCCCGUCCACUACUGCGAACUCGAGGUCGAACUCGCCGCGAAACGCAAACGCCGGUCUUUCUUCGAUCGCAAUGGCGACCCCAUCGACGCACCCCAGGUCCGUCUUGAGUUCUUCAUGCGAUCUGUCCGUGAAUCGCAAGGACUGGCCAAUAUGGUCCUCUCGCUCCGCAUGCCCUACAUGACUCGCGAAGCCAACAAGGCCAACAUCGCCCGUACCAUCUCCGUUCUCCCUCACCUGCGCUUCGUCGACCUUCCAUCCGGUCUGUUUAGUGAUGAACCUGCAUGUGCGGCGCUGAAACAGGAGCUCAUGAUCCGCUGUCCCGAUCUUCGUCGCAUGAGUUACCGUCACGGAGCCGAGGGGAGCUUUGCACGCCUCCCGGGGUCGCAGCUAUGGAUCAACUUGGAGAAAUUGGAGCUAUCGGGGUUGCACAUCGAGGCAGGAACUCUGCGAAGCGGUCUCGCCUCGUUCCCCCAUCUAAGCGAUCUUACUUUGGAUGACCUUCCUUGGCUUGACGACUCGGCAUUCGCGGUCAAUGGACCUUUCCCUCCUUUCCCCGCGCUGAAAGAGCUCACUCUUCGGGAUACUCCAAACGUCACGGCAAGCGGGCUUGCCGCGUUACUCUCAAUCCCGCUGAACCGGAAAGCCCUGCAGUCAUUGACUCUCGCCUCCACUGGUGUACUUCCAUCAUCGCUACACCGAAUUCUACCAGUGGCUCCGCAGCUUACAAAUCUCUCCAUCGUGCAGGAAGUGACUCGCUCAUUCCCCGCCGAGCAGGUUCCCCCCUUGCUGUCUAAGUCACUCCGACUACUCCACUACGAGAUUACAUCAGAGGCCGAAACGAACGGCCUUCCGCCAGUCGCAGGAACAUACUACACCUAUCUCAUUUCAUCCCUGAUGUCCCGUGGACUUCCCGCUCUACGGGAUCUGUACGUCCGUGAUGCACAAUUCCCAGAUACGCUGCUCCUCGCACCACCUCCCAGACUAUUCGGUGGUGGUGAGGACGGACCCCAAUGUGCCGGCGGUGGUCUAACGCAACCACUCAACGUCUACAGUAAAGGGCUCGACGAGUUAGAGUGGAACUUUUCACCCUACGACCCCGAUCCCACGCUCGGCGGCAGUAGCACGAAGACCCGGCCCGUCAGCUUCCACGAAGCGCAGCUCAGUCGAUCAUGGGGCGGUGAUGCUCGAAAAAGUGUACUGGUGGGCAAUGGCUUUGGCGGGUUCCUCGCCGUGCCUGCAGAAGACGCGGAACGCCCACAGAGCAGCAGUGGAAACAAACGAUCGAGCCGACAAGAUUUGUGGCGGUAAAUUUUACUUCAUCACAUAUUUCCUAUGGUUGCGAGCGUCAGUGGUUGGGCACCAACUUUAGCUGCAUCUAUUCGAGCUGCAUGAGCGAUGUGCUAUAUGAUAUAACGAAACAAUGUGUAAUCAUGCAUCUAUACUGGAUACAGUAGUACUUCUUGUAUCGCCCCUUUUGUUUUGCUGAGUAGGAGUGGAAUUGAGUAAGUUCUUGAGCGAGCUUAAUUAUAAGAUUUCGGGUGCCGUCGUGCUUCACCAUUGACUCGAGAAGGCUCAUUGGUGAGCACAAUCAAAAC